AUCACCCCCGACUCCAUGAUUGAGGAGAAACUAGCGAAGCAGAAGGAAAUCGACGACUGGCUUCCCAUCACCUCUGCGAGGACCGCGAAAUGGUGGUACUCGGCCUUCCACAAUGUCACGGCCAUGGUCGGAGCCGGCGUCCUCAGCCUCCCCUACGCCAUGUCUGAACUCGGAUGGGGUCCUGGUGUAGCUGUGCUAGUCCUGUCAUGGGUCAUCACCCUGUAUACGCUGUGGCAAAUGGUCGAGAUGCACGAGAUGGUCCCCGGGAGGAGGUUCGAUUGGUACCAUGAGCUCGGGCAGUACGCGUUCGGCGAGAAGCUCGGACUCUAUAUCGUGGUCCCUCAGCAGCUGAUUGUCGAGGUCGGUGUCAACAUCGUGUACAUGGUCACCGGAGGGAAGUCGCUGCAGAAGUUCCACGACACCGUGUGCUCGGGCUCGGGCUGCAAGAAGAUAAAGACCACCUACUUCAUCAUGAUCUUUGCCUCUGUCCACUUUGUCCUCUCCCACCUCCCCAACUUCAACUCCAUCUCCGGCGUCUCCCUCGCUGCAGCCGUUAUGUCUCUGAGUUACUCAACCAUAGCUUGGGGAGCCUCCGUAGACAAGGGCGUUCAGCCGCACGUGCAGUACAGUUCCAGGGCAUCGACCACGCCAGGGAAGGCCUUCGACUUCUUCAGCGCCCUGGGCGAUGUGGCUUUCGCGUAUGCAGGGCACAAUGUGGUCCUGGAGAUUCAGGCGACUAUCCCCUCCACUCCUGAGAAGCCGUCCAAGGGCCCGAUGUGGAGAGGAGUCAUUGUCGCCUACAUUGUUGUGGCUCUCUGCUACUUCCCAGUCGCUCUAAUCGGUUAUUAUGUAUUUGGGAACAUGGUCAAGGACAAUAUCCUCAUCUCCCUGGAGAAACCGAAGUGGCUCAUUGCAAUGGCAAACAUGUUUGUCGUCAUCCAUGUUAUUGGAAGUUACCAGAUUUACGCGAUGCCGGUGUUUGACAUGGUAGAGACUGUAUUAGUGAAAAAAUUGCACUUCAAGCCAACUGGAGCGCUUCGUUUUGUGGCUCGCACUGUCUAUGUUGCAUUCACAAUGUUCGUAGCCAUCACUUUCCCAUUCUUCGGCGGCCUUCUUUCGUUUUUCGGAGGAUUCGCUUUUGCCCCGACGACAUACUUUCUUCCUUGCAUAAUGUGGCUCGCGAUCUACAAGCCGAGGAAGUUUAGCUUAUCCUGGUGGUCAAACUGGGUAUGUUAAACUCGUACUCCUUCU